AUGGCAACUCUUAAGGAAAAACUCAUUGCAGCAGUUGCAGAAGGGGAGGCAAUGGUCCCAAACAAUAAGAUUACUGUAGUGGGUGUUGGACAAGUUGGCGUGGCGUGUGCUAUCAGCAUUCUGGGGGAGUCUCUGGCUGAUGAAUUUGCUGUUGUGAAAGUUUUGGAAGAUAAUCUCAAAGGAGAAAUGAUGGAUGUGAAGCACGGGAGCUUAUUACUUCAGACAUCUAAAAUUGUGGCAGAUAAAGAUUACUCUGUGACUGCCAAUUCUAAGAUUGUGGUGGUAACUGCGGAAGUCCGUCAGCAAGAGGGCAAGAGUCGUUUCUAUCUGGUGCAGAGAAAUGCUAAUGUCUUCAAAUUCAUUAUUCCUCAGAUCAUCAAGUACAGUCCUGAUUGCAUCGUAAUUGUGGUUUCCAACCCAAUAUACAUCUUUACAUAUGUUAUUUGGAAACUAAGUGGAUUAUCAAAGCACCAAGUGAUUUGA